AUGCCCGGCCUCUUUGAUCUCGGCGAGGAUGUUAUUACAGGAAAUCUGAUCCCACUUUUGGAACCUAAAGAUAUCCAGAAUCUGGGUCAGACGUGUCGCUAUGCUCGGUCUAUUGUCAACCAAGGAAUAGUGUGGAGAGAGAUGUACCACAAGACCUUUGGAAAGGCACCCACACCCUACUCUCUGACCGAGCUCAAAUGGCCACAACUUUACAAACUGCGAAAGGAUGCGAAUUUGUACACGUGGGGAAAGUUUGAUGGAAGAUUGGGUUUGAGCAGGGAUGCUUUUCCUGAGGGCAUUAUGCCCGGCUCUGUGCCAUGGCCGGUGGAACUUUUUCACAUACCAUUAGCAGAUGUGACCUGUGGUGGGCUUUCAUUCCAGGUAUUGACAUCUGAUGGUGACUUAUAUUGUACUGGAUCUUUUCACAGCGCGUUUAGGAAAGGUGCACCUGGUCCUAUUGAACGCGACAGUCUUAGACGAAUGGAUGAUGGAGCUGGAUCAGCCGACCAUCGGUUGCUAAGGGAACUUCCACAAGCUGUGAUUCCGCACAUGAGAGGUCCUCACCGUCCUGGAGUCAUGAUGAUGCCAGAUGUUAAGAGAGCAAACGAAAUAAGUGCCACAAAGAAAACUGCAAAGAAGGUCGAUACCAAACAGGGAUUGCUGUUUCAACUCCUUACUGAAGGUACUGCCAAGAUCAUUGCAGUCAGUAGUGGACGCCAACACGUGCUUGCUUUGGACAAUGAUGGAGAGGUUUGGACUUGGGACACGGACUUUUUAGAGGACUCCGUAGGCGUGAAACUGAAGUUUCCAGGACUUCGGUCUGGCUCCAUCUUCUCAGUUUCUAGCCCUAUCCUCAAGAUCAGGGCUGGCUGGAACAUGAGUUCCGUUUAUGCGCUGAACCUUGGAAUAGUAGUCUGGAUGUGCAGAAAGAAAAUGUCACGAUCGAGCCAGAGGUCUGAAGGAUUAGAAGCACUCUACGUUGUUAUCCCGGAGACUGCCUCUACUUCAGACGACGACAAGGUGGUUGACUAUGUUUGCUUAGAUAAUGAGCUUGUGUAUCUCAAAGGCUCGGGAAAGCUGUUCAGUAUCAAAGUCCACAGGGAUGCUGAGUCAGGGGAGACUUUGCUGGGCCGUCUGCUGCCAUUGGCCAGCAAGCUGAAGAAAGUGCUUUCAAGGACGGACAAAAUCACGAGGCUUUCUGGGUCGUUCAGGACGUUGGUUGCAUUCACACUAGAAGACCAUGUGAUUGUUUUAAGACAGGAGAAUGGUCAAGAAAUGGAGGAUGCAGUUCCCAGAAUUUACGAGGAGCUACAAAAUGUGGAGUGUGUAUCAGUUGCAGUGGGUGAUUGGCACUACAUGGCGCUGCUGAAGAGCGGGAAAGUUCUCACAUGGGGUCUUAACAAUGGCGGAUGCUUGGGAAAUGGUGACUUGGGAGUUAAGCGUAUUGAUUCUCCGACUGAGGUAAAGGUGGAAGGCAAGGUGUUGGCCAUUGCUGCUGGUGGCUGGCAAUCAGGCGCAAUUGUUGCAAAGGAACAUUGA